UUGGUUCGCGUCAGCGGACCGCGCUGGGAGCGGAAGACGGCGGCGGCGGCGGCGAGGCCAUGGGGACACCCGGGGGGAAGAUUAACCGGCCUCGGACGGAGCUGAAAAAGAAGCUGUUCAAGAGGCGGCGGGUGCUGAACCGGGAACGGCGGAGGCGGCACCAGGUGUUCGGGGCCGUGGUGGACGAGGGCCUCAUCACCCAUCACCACCUCAAGAAGAGAGCAUCCAGCACCCGGGCCAACAUCACGCUGUCGGGGAAGAAGCGCAGGAAACUGCUACAGCAGAUCCGCCACGCGGAGAAGGAGAAGGCGGCAAUGGAGGUGGAUGCCCCCGCAAAGCCGUCCAGGACCAGUAAACCUUCUUCUAAGCGUCCGAGGAGAAAGAGGACCCGAGCUUUGGUCAUCCAGGAUGUGGAGAUGGAGGAGCUGUGAGACCAAAGCAGCGCCGACUCCCUUCCCCGUCGUCCCCUUUCCCUCGGAACUGGGUCGGGCCGUGAACGGGCUGCCAAAAUCAACGUUGCGAUCUUUCUUCUGAGGAAGCUUCUUCGAGAGGGUUAGUUUUCCUCUGCUUUUGCGGAGGGAGGAGGAGCAAGGCAGCCCGGUGCAGUAGCGAUUCACAACAAUAAAGUUAUUGGACCGUG